UUUUAUUACUUUGCUGUACACCAAAACAUUUGUCUGAAUAACCUUCUUUUAUAAGAUGUUGGUGGGUGAAAGGUAUGAACAUAAAUGUAAUCUGCCUGCAUUACUCAACCUCCUGCACUCCAUUACUCAACCUCCUUGUUGAGGAAGAAAGAAAGUCAUAUGGAAGCUGCACCAUCGAUGCAAAUAUCACAUAGAACAUCGAAUACACACACAAAAACAUAUAAAAACUUUGUGUUCAGAAAAUCAAAAUUGUCCAUCUUUGAGAGUAAAGGAACCAUGCAAUGAUAAGAAAACAGAGAUCCAGAAAAUUUGAGUGUGACAGUUGCAAAAGCUACUUGGAGUUCACCUAGCAGUUAUGUUGCCAAAAAUCGUCUCUGGAGGCUUCCCUUGUUCUGGUCACCCUUACCCUCUUCGAGGGAAGUUAAGGGUCAACAAUAUCAAUAAGUAGAAGUAAGAGGGGUUUCUUUGCAAUUUGCAACUCUUUUAGGAAAAUACGCGUGCAAUAUACAGUUGGUUAAGUUCUGGCGGGAAAGGGAGAAAAAGAAUUUUGUAACCAACUUAACUGUAAAUAAUAUCUUGACCAAAAUCUCCCCUUCCAUUAGUUCUCUUAAUUUUCUGUUAUUCCACCGUUUUCUCUCUAGAAAACCAUCUUCCACUGAAAUACAUUUAGCUGCUCCAUAAUUUCCUCAAGAGCUUCUGUAAAUUUCUCAGAGAAUCUUCAAUGGCGAGAACAAGAAAUUCCAAGAGCUCAUUCAUCUCUCUAAACCCAUCAUUCUUCACUCAUUUGCUCUCACUAUUUCCCUUCAAUUCCCUCCAUUACUCACCCAAAAAGAACUCAAGAAUCACCCAAACAUAUCUCUAUUCAUCCCCAUUUCUCUCUUUCUGUUUCCUCUCUCUUCUCGUUUUCCUCACUUUCUUUGGCAUUUUGAUGCUCACAUUCACAACGCUUUUCCAAAAUUCAGUCUCAUGCCCUGAGACUUCUUCUUCUCCUCUGUUCUUAGCUUCUGUUUUGGCUGCAGCAUCAGUUUCUGUUCAAAAUGAACCAGUCACUCUAUCUACUGGAGCAAUGGUGCCGCUACCAGCUCACGGGGCUAUCGGAAAUAUUUCGGAGGAGGAAAAAGAGUUCUGGAAACAACCAGAUAAUCAAGGAUACAUGCCUUGUUUGGAUUUCAGUCUCAAGUAUCGAAAAGCCUCUGCAAGGAUUUCUGAAGAGAGGAGGAAAUUUUUGGUUGUUGUUGCUUCAGGAGGAUUGAAUCAGCAAAGGAAUCAGAUUGUUGAUGCAGUUGUCAUAGCAAGAAUUCUUGGAGCUUCUCUCGUUGUUCCUGUUUUGCAAGUAAAUCACAUUUGGGGUGAUGAUAGUGAAUUUUCGGAUAUAUUCGAUGUUGAACAUUUCAAGAAGACUUUGAUAGCUGAUGUUCGGAUUGUAACAUCAUUGCCAUCUACACAUUUUGUUUCUAAACAGACUAUUAACCGCGAACUUCCUUUUCAUGUAUCGCCACUCUGGCUUAGAGCCAGAUUUCUCAAACAACUAAACGAAGAAGGUCUGCUUAUAUUGAAAGGAUUAGAUUCUAAACUCUCAAAGAAUCUUCCGCCUGACUUGCAGAAGCUCAAAUGCAAGGUUGCAUUCCAUGCACUAAGAUUUGCAACUCCAAUUAGGGAGCUAGGAUAUCAGAUAGCUAGAAGAAUGUGGAUUGAAGGUCCUUAUGUUGCCAUCCAUCUCAGAUUAGAGAAGGAUGUUUGGAUCAGAACCGGAUGUCUUACCUGUUUAGGGAAGCAAUUUGACAGUAUUAUAAGUAGGGAAAGGGAAUCUCACCCUGAAUACCUCACUGGAAAAUUGAACAUGACUCAUGCACAACGGCGACUUGCAGGACUUUGUCCCUUAAAUGCAUCAGAAAUGGCAAGAUUUCUGAAGGGUUUAGGAGCGCCAAGCAGUGCUCGUAUAUAUGUUGCUGGAGGAGAACCCUUUGGAGACGCGCAAGCUAUGCAGCCUCUACAAAAGGAGUUCCCAAAUUUAGUCAAAAAGCAUACAUUGGCGCGAAAUGGAGAGCUCACUCCAUACUUGGAAAAAUCUUCAAUAUUGGCAGCUAUCGACUACAUUGUGUCUUUGAGCAGUGAUGUUUUCAUCAAUUCCCAUGGAGGUAACAUGGGCCGAACUCUCGAGGGACAUAGGGCAUAUGUAGGACACAGAAAGUAUAUAAAGCCAAAUAAGAGAAUGAUGCUGCCUUUCUUUGAAGAUUCAUCUAUACCUGAUCAAGAAUUCAAGAGGAUAAUAAAGAAACUGCAUCGAAAAAGUCAGGGGCAACCUGAGCCGAGGACGAAGAAGAUUGACAGAGAUGUAAUAGCAUAUCCUGUUCCUGAGUGUAUGUGCAAACAAUAAUAGACAUAUCUCUGUGUCAAGAAUUUAGACCAUUGAGGCUAAAAUUUUGUAUGCAAAUGUUCAA